AAAUUCGUUCCUACCCCAUCCUCCACCUCCCUCUGUACCUACUUACUGCCCAGCCCCCUCGCCCACUUACAAUAUCCUUAUAUGGUCCUCACUCCUCACCUGCGACGCCUGUCCUUGCCCGCUUCUGAUUGGUGCUAUGAUAUGACGUACAUUUGUAUGUCUGACGUGUAUAUGUGACGUAUGUGUGUGUGUGUCGUGAACUCGGCCGGUGCCGCGCGGUGUGGCACUUCGGUCUUUGAGUCACAGCCGUGCACUUCUGUCUUUAUUGCUCGGCGGGCCGGUCUGUCUUCGGCCCUUGGCAAAGUCAAUUUGUUUGUUAUCUUUGGUUUCUGUGGCCGUGAAUUGAAUACAGGCCCAACUUUGUAUUUACCUUCUGUUUAUUAUUGGAAUCGCGUGGUUGAACGGCAAGAACAACUACGGUCCUACAAAUCUAGACUAUCACAAACAAGAAUUUGCUUAUUAACACUUGUAUUCUGUUACAAAUGGUGCCGUGACCCGGAUCAGAUAAAAACCUCAAGAAUUGAAAUUGGUUCCGCAAGAAAUUGUUCUACAAGUCUACGAACAAGAUGUGGGCAAGACCGUUCUUCCUGACAUUCCUGUUCUAUCUGACAUCUCCGACAACGGCCAACGUUCUCUUCCUGCCCCGAGGCCAUCUCUACGCUUCAUACGACCACUGGACUCUUCACAUCCCCAUCGAAACCAGGACAUCAUGGACGUUUGUAUUGAAGCUGGAGCAUCAUGUGAAGCUCUUUAAAAGUAAAGUCAGUAGUAUAUUUGCAGAGCACCGCCAACAAUUGCGAAGUGACCAGGCAUCUCAGCUUUUUACUAAGUUCAAUCAGGAUGUAAGCGUUCUCGAUCAUGAAAUGAAUCUGACUAAAAGUAUCUUGAGACAUUUACAAGUCCCGCAUCCGCACCGUCCGAACCGAAACCGCCGCUCUGUUUUGCCUUUUAUCGGUGAUGCUCUCUCUUCCCUGUUCGGUACAGCUACAGAUGACGAAAUCCAGGAAGUAAUAUCUCGCAUGAACGAAUUGAGUGCUUCACAAAAUGACAUUUUGAAUGUUUUUGACAAUACUGUGACGGUUGUGAACCAGACCCUAGUAGAAAUAGACACGGACCGACAGACGAUUAAUCGACUGGCAAACGUGACGAACUACCUAACGAAUGAAAUUUACUCAUUGAGGCGCAUGGUUGAAGAUAACUUGUCCUCCGUUUCAGAACUCGAUUCGAUGUUGGACAUCAUGUUCGCUGACUUACUUAACGCCAUCCAGGACUUCCGGAGGAGCGUCAUUAACAUGGAAAUUAUUUUCAGCUUCGUGGAAAACGGUAUCGUGCCACGAUCAUUCCUUCCGCCCGCUCGUUUCACAGUCAUUCUUGAGGAAAUUCAGAAAAUGCUGCCUCACAAACUUGCUUUACCGUUCGCUCCAACUGAAACCGAUAGAUAUUAUUCUGCUAUUUAUACCCAAACGCGGAGAACCGCAAACGGACUGUCAGUUCUGAUUAAUAUUCCCCUCAUGUCUGUCACGGAUCACUUUAAGGUGUUUCAAGUAUUUAACGUUCCAGUACCGAAACUCUUGAAGGAUCAAACGUUCAUGGCUAACUAUAAGAUCGAAAAGGUUAAUUUCGUAGCUCUGUCCGAGGAUUCCCACAGAUUCGCUUUUAUUGACGAUGACGACAUGCAUGUAUACCUGAGACGACGACUACCGUUCUGUCCCCUGCGCCGACCGAUUAUGAACACUAUGACAUCAAGUAUGUGUAUCCCAGCUUUACUGACGAACCGUACUAAGGACAUUAAACAAUUUUGUGACAAGGUUAUUUCCGUCAACGUAAAUACCGACCCGACUGCAGAAUACUUUGGCAAUGGAUACUGGGUCGUAGUUAGUGCAACCAUUCCGAUCAGUUUUGACAUUUCAUGUAAAGACAAAUCUAUCAUCAACUCUAGUGAAACUUUGAGACUCGAUGACCAUCUAUCGCUUGUGAAACUGGAUUUCGGUUGUACUGCUCUGAACAAGUACUUUCGCCUCCCUACCCAUUUCCGUACCGAUUCAUACUUGGACCCCGUCCAGAUCCAACACGUCAACAUGUCUCUCGCUUUGAACGAUGUUUGGUCAAAUGUACUUGUUGAUCUUUCGGAAACUAAUGUUUCACUCCCCGAAGCCGUAAACUUCAUUCCCCCACUUCAGGACAAAAGUGUCCAUUUGUCUAACUUGAAGAAACAUAUUCAACAGAUUCGAGUACGCAAUGCUCAGCAUAAUAAAACUGUCGUUAUCCCCGCCAUCUCGGUCACAACGUGUAUUGUGGUUGCGUUAGUGCUAUUAACUGUUCUAUACGUCCGAUGUCAUGUGUUUAAACCCAUUAUGAUCCGACCCCAGCAAGUAUCCGCUCAAAAUCCUGCCCCUGACAGUGUUAUUGUUGAAGAAACGUCAAGUGUAGCUCCAAAUAUCAAGCCCCGGGAAAAACUCACGGACCCAAGUCCCUCGUGCUUACAAUGGUUAAAACCGUCUCCGACCCUCGCUUCUCAGAAAUCCGCAGAUGCCUGAUGCAAAUAUUUUCCAGAGGAGUUCUUUCUCCGCAGCAGAGGUACCAGUAGCGGCGCUCCCACACUCGGUCGAGCCGCCGCCGGUGCUAGUCAGCGCCACUGAGAUCGGGCCGCCCCGCAUCGGACACCCAACGUCCGGGCGCCCCGAUAAAACUACGCUGACGCGUGGUCUGGUCAGCCCGACACCGGACGGACGACCCACAACAAGACGCGAGACGUGAGAACGUCAAUGUGUCAAUAUCUGACACAUCAUCUGGCGACAGCGUGUCGACAUCUGACACAUGAUCUGGUGUCAAUGGACAAUGGACUGACAAACACGUGUCAGACAGCAGCGUCAAAGGUGACCUAAACCCUCUGAACUCUCUGAACUCCCUGAACUGAUGUGCCCGCAGCGGAAUCUUACCAGUGAUUGCGAAGCGAGAACCGAAUCGAUGAGCACGAGUGGGACAGCAGACUAUGUUUCGUAAACGGACAAUGAAGAAGACUCUAUAGACUUAUAACUACGAGGACUGCAACGAUCGGAAAAACGGGAAAUUGUGUGUUGAGGUGCUGUGUAUAUUGUUGUAUUAGGUGUUGUUUGUGCUGUGUCGUGUGUUGUGUACGUUAUAUCAUGCAUCAUAUUAGGAGAAUCCCAAGCCGAAAAUUUUGGUCAAAAUUUCAGCUUUAAGGACCUCGCGUUGUGUUGUAACGAAAUUCGUUCCUACCCCGUCCUCCACCUCCCUCUGUACCUACUUACUGCCCAGCCCCCUCGCCCACUUACAAUAUCCUUAUAUGGUCCUCACUCCUCACCUGCGACGCCUGUCCUUGCCCGCUUCUGAUUGGUGCUAUGAUAUGACGUACAUUUGUAUGUCUGACGUGUAUAUGUGACGUAUGUGUGUGUGUGUCGUGAACUCGGCCGGUGCCGCGCGGUGUGGCACUUCGGUCUUUGAGUCACAGCCGUGCACUUCUGUCUUUAUUGCUCGGCGGGCCGGUCUGUCUUCGGCCCUUGGCAAAGUCAAAUUUGUUUGUUAUCUUUGGUUUCUGUGGCCGUGAAUUGAAUACAGGCCCAACUUUGUA